GGUAGUACUUGGAAGGUGUUUGGGUAGCCAAAAGCCUCUUUAGUUCAGCAUCAUCCCUUGUCAGCCCUAGCCAUAUUGGCCCCUCACCAUGCCUUGUUCCCUUCUCUUCCUUCCAUCUCUACACCCCUUAAAGACUAUGUGAACUCCAUUACCAGUACUUGACUGAAACAAAGAGCAAAAAUCCCUUCCUUUCCUGCUCUUCACUCUCCUCGUUCCAUAGCUCCUCGGUCCCGUUUUGAAGCUUGUAUACAAGGUUCGACUGAGCUCGGAGGCGGCAACGAUGAGCGAGCAACAGAUCCACAACUUCAUGAAGGUCAGCGUCGACUCCUUCUCCGAGCUCCCCUUCAUCCGUGCCGUGCCAGCUCAGCAGAAUACACCCGAUACGAGCCCUGUCAUUCGGCUGUUCGGCAUCGACUUCGCCAUGGAGCCUGAUGCAUCACAAGAUGGCCCUUCCAACGACCCUCCCUCCUCCACCACCGAAACCAGUAACACCCCAAGCGCCGCCAACGCUGAUAGUGGGGAGAGUGCGAGAAAGUUCGAGUGCCACUACUGCUGCCGCAAGUUCCCGACGUCGCAAGCCCUUGGCGGGCAUCAGAACGCCCACAAGCGGGAGCGCCAGCACGCGAAGCGAGCCCACAUCCAUUCCGCUUUGGCGACACAACAGUACCACCACCCCAGCUUCUUCCCCGACGACCAUGUCUAUGGCUACCUCAACUAUCGUCAUCUGGGCUCCAUCCCCUCUGCCGCCCGCUUCGCCCACCCACCGCCUCUCCACUGUCCUUCUUGGACCAGCACCUGCCCUAUCAUGAACCCUUCCGCUUGCUUCCAUGGCAGCCUAGGUUCCACAUCUCAGCCCAUCAAAAGCAGUACGCUGCCCGAGCUAUGGAGGAUGCCAGUGCAUGACGGCAAGCCGAGCUUCCAUGGAGACUAUCCACCUGCACAGCCUUUGUUCGGAGGAAGAGACACGAAGGAAAUGGUGGUGGAAGGAGCUACUACUUUGGUUUCUCCAAAGGACCAAGGUGGGUUUGAUUCAGGCUCCAAAAAUGGUUUGAGUUUGGAUUUGCGUUUGUAACUCACAAGGGAUCUAAUAACAAGGAGUUCUCUAAUGAAUUCCAUCUUU